AUGCCUGUUCUGACCACUGUCCGUCAAUCACCGGCAUAUCUAUACGUGAAGACCUACUGCCUCUGUGCUAUAAUCACACUCUUUCAAGCAGCUCCCCUCUCUUCGCAGCUCCUCAAAUCAAGCGAGCUCGCCUCAAAAAGAACAGAAUUUCUACCCCGCGUCUUGCUCGCCGUUCCAGUUCAGAUACCUUGGCACAAGAAAAUGAAAAAUACUUCAGUAAUAUCAAAUUCGCCUGUGAAGCAGUCUGGAACGGCAACAAUUCUAAAGAGAUGGCUUCAAAGAGCUGUGGACUUGACCCAGAUCAAGAAUCAGCUUCGACACGACGAUCAAGAUCUCAGAACAUACCCAGAACUCAAGCGGGACGCAGCCGUCCGCUCUUCAUCUUCAUUGCAUCAUGAGGAGUUGCGUUUCAUAGAAUUGCGGAAAGUGAAAAUCUCAUCCAAAGGCGUCAACUCCCUUCAUGCUUUUCUCGGCUUACCUAAAGAUGAGCAAGUCGAUGCUAAAGACGUUCCUCUAAUUGCUCUUGGAAGCUCCGGUGGAGGGUAUAGGGCCAUGUAUGGCUUCGCUGCGUUCAUGUCUGCAUCCAAGAAACUCGGUCUCUGGGACUGCAUCACGUGGACUGCUGGUGUCAGUGGCAGUUGCUGGACGUUGGCUGCAUAUUACACAAUCGCCAAUCACAAUGUUUCCAGUCUGAUCAGACAUUAUCUUUCGGUUGCCGAGGAACUAGCUCAUCCCAUGAGUUUACAUGCUUUUGAUACUGUCGUUCGGAGCAGCAGAGGAGUCUACUUUCUCCUUGGACCGCUGAUCCGAAAGGUUCGAAGCGGCAUAAUCGGCUUGGGGAUUAUGCAUUUGUAUGGCACACUGACAACGACAUAUCAGCUUCUGUCUCGCGAGCCGACCGCUAGGUUGAGCAGAGCCACCUUCCAAUUUUCGAAGGUUUGGAGUCGCUCUGGGAUCGACAGAGGACUUGAGCCGAUGCCGAUCUUAACAGCAGUUCGAAGAGCUCCAAAAGAUUCAUCUGGAAUCACGCCUCUUGAGAUAGGUAGCCCAGAUGUAAAUCGCUACAUCCCAACAUGGUCUUGGGGCCGCUCUUUUGUAUCUAGAAAUUCAGUGGGACGUCCUCCUGAGCAGUCUCUUGCUCUUUUGCUUGGACAAUGCACCAGUGCGCCAGCAGGACCAUUGACAGGGUAUAUAUCGGCACUUUUGGCAUCGAUACCCAAAGGAACGAUCAUGUCUCGACUUCUGCUCUUGUUGAACGACUUCGUGCGGAUGAAGAAUUGGGAGCGAUUGUGGGGGAAUCCGAUCCGAGCUGGACAUGACCCAAAUCCGUUCUACGGCCAUAACAAUCUGCCCAAGCUUCAGGAAAGAAGUAUAGUGAGCACGGAAGUUAGUACUUCUUACCCAGAGAGUAGCAAUUCGACACCAAUCAGAGUUCCUGUCUCAAGCGGGAACUCAUCCGAGCGUGGUCAUCUUCGAAUGGAAUUUACUGACAAAUUCAUGUCCCUGGAAAAGAAAUUCCCGUCCAAUUGUGGCUCCUCUAAAUCAUCUACAGGCAAAUCAACAUUGGAAAGGAAUGAUAAACUCUCUCUAAGCCUCGCUGCUAAGCCGACUAGCAGGUCGAAAUGGGAGCAUGAGGGUCGAAUCAGGCUCAUGGACACUGGAAUGUCAAACAAUCUUCCCAGCCACGUCUUGGCCCGCCCUGAGCGUGGCGCUGACAUAAUCAUGGCAUUUGAUGCCUCCUCAGAUGUUCAGAAGGGGUCUGCCAUUCAACGCAUCCAAAACUUUGCGGAAGACUGUCAUUUGGUAUUGGACGACGUGACAACCAUGUUCGAUGCUGCACAACCACGAUUCAGUGAGAGUGCAGAUGGGACCAGAAGCGAUGGAAUGGAGGUAGCGGCCAAAUUCUUGCACAAGUACGCAAGAGUGUUUCUAGGUAAGCGACGAAACGGAGAGGAGAUGUAUUUUAUCUACUGUCCACUCCUGCCGAAUGGCAAGAAUCCGGACUUUGAUCCUUCCACAGCCUCGUUUUCCAAUUCUUACAACCUUGUCUGGACUCCGGAGCAAAUUCAGACUCUCUUCAGUACUUAUGAAACUAAUCUUUCCCAUUAUGCAAUCGAGACCAUUAGACAAGUCAUUAGAAAGGUGUAUACUACAAAGAAAAAGCGUAGAUUAGCAUCGAUGAUACCCAAUACAGGCAGUUAUUUGUAAAAG